AUGUCCGAAAUUCAGAACCGGUCCUCCGCUUCGCGGGGCAGAGUAUCCGCCCGUGGCGGCCGUGGCGGCUUCAGCUCCAGAGGUGGUCGUGGUGGAAGCAGCAGAUCUGCAAACGAUAACUCAGACGUCUCAUCCUUCGAGGAAGGCGAAAUUGGACAGAUGAAGAAGAAGUACUCCGACACUCUGCCUAUGCUUAAGGAAAUGUUCCCCGACUGGAAGGACGAAGAUCUGGUCUUUGCUCUGGAAGAUUCGAACGGCGAGCUCUUGGAAGCAAUUGAGCGCAUUAGUAAUGUGUCUCAGUGGGGCAAGGUUGAGAAGAAGACCGCAGACCGGACUCGCCCUAAGCCCAAGGAGGCUCAGAACCCCCCGACCGAAACGAAUGCAGCUUCGGCCCGUGCUACGCGUGGCCGUGGUGGACUAGAGACUCGUGGUGGUCGUGUUCGCGCAGACCGGGGCCGUGGCGGUCGCGGUGGCCGUGCUGGAGCUGGAGCUGCUACGAACGGAACUCGCCCUGUGGCUAGUGCUGUAGAGACUUCCGCGCCCGCUCCUACAACUGCUACUACAUCUGCAUGGGACACGCCCAAGACGGAGGAGAACAACGCAGAGGCUUCAACCGGUGGGGCAUGGGGGUCCACCGAGUCGCCUGAAACCCAGAGCAGUGUGAUCCCGGAGGGAACAAAGAAGGGGUGGGCUAGUCUCUUCGCCAAACCAGCCCCUCCUCCGCCUCAGAAGAAGCCUCAGCCUGCUGCCCCUGCUCCUGCUUCCGAGCAGCCUGCCGAGCCCGUCGCUGAACCAUCCGUUCCUGCUCCUGCCCCCGCUCCCGAACCUGCUCCAGUGCCCGCCGCUUCGCAGAAGACCCCCGUCGCAAAGCCCACUCAACCCGUCAUUCCCGCCGUUCCUAACACCUCUGCCAACCAGCUCAAGAACGACUUGACUGAGACCAACCUCGAACGUAUUCCCGAUGUGUCCGCUCCCGCUCCCACUGCGACCGCCGCCAGCACCGUUGGCAGUGGUAUCGACCCCGCUGCUGCUGCCGCCGCCGCUACACCCUCCCGUUUCUCCUCUUCUGCCUAUCCUCCUAGCGCUACCAAGCAGGGCCGUACCCCUGGUCUCCAACGCCGUGUCAUGGAGCAGCAGCAGGCUGUCGUCAUGCCCGGUAACCACGCUGUGGACCGUGCUGCUGUUCAGUUCGGUAGCAUGGGCUUGAACGGCGACGCAGUUGACAUUGAUGACAACCGCGAGGAGGCUGAGACCCGCGCUCAGCCCCCUCAACACUCCCCCGUUGCUCCUCGUGCCUCCCUCCCUCCCACCCAGGGUCCUCCCUCCAUGGAGACUGGUGCUGCUGGGCGCCCCGCCCCUGGCCUGCCUCCGGUCCCCCAGGCCUCUACCGCCGACUCCUUCAACGACUUUGCCCGUUACUCUGAGCCUCAGCAGAAGCCCUUCGACCCCUUCACCCAGCAGGUCACCCAGCCCCAGCCUCAGAUCCCUGAGCCUUUCGCCAACCAGGCCCAGGCUCCUGUCCAGCCUACCGCUACUACUGGUAGCGAGUACUCUCCCUUCUACGCCGCCGACCAGCAGCGUUUCCCCUACAACUACUACGGCAGCUACGGCCAGACCCAGGAUGCCCCCGCCGGACCCCGCGCUGGAGCCGGAUUCGGUGUCUCUGGUGCCGAAGCCCAGCCCCAGAUCCCUACCACGCAGCCUCCAAGCCGCUACGGCCCUGUCGAUGCCAACAACAGCGGACACAACACCCCCAAUCCUACUCUCCCCGCCACGCAGCAAACCCCCACUGCUCAGCACAUGCCUGGCCAGACCGCUCAGCACGGUUAUGGUGGCUAUGGCUACCCCUACUACAACAAUCCCCACUACGCUUCGUACAUGAACCAGAUGACGCAGCAGCAGUACGGCCGCAAUCGUCCCAUGUAUGAUGAUGCCCGCCGCUACGAAGACCACUAUAUGCAGCAGCAACAACAACAGCAGCAGCAGCAGCACAACUCGCAGUACUACGGCAGCCAGUACGGUCCAUAUGCUGGCAAGGGUGGCAUGUACGGUCAGCCCCACGCUGGCUUCUCCUACGACCAACACUCUUCUUCCCCCGCCAACGCCGGUAGCUUUGCCCAGGCUGUUCCCGGCCGUGACUCCGUCUACGGCCGUACCGGCUCUGCUCAGCCUUCCGACAGCCAGCAAUCUGCCACCGGCUCUAACGCCUUCGGCACCGGAAUGUCUGAUGUCUUCGGCCGCUCUCAGGGUAGCUUCGGCCAGAACCCUCCCAUCGCCGGACAGGCCCCCGUGGCUACCGACGAGACCAAGGGCUUCGAAGCCCCCAAGGCCGGUGGACCUAGCCCGUCCCUCGCCCAGAACCGCCCCGGGUCUGCUACCAACAGCGUCCCCGGACAGCCCCAGGCUCAGAGCGGUAUCCCCCCUCUCCAGGGUCAGCAGACUCAGGCCUUCGGCAGCUACCCUCAGCUGAACCCCCAGUACGGUGGACUCGGUGGACUCGGUGCCCACCAGGGCGCAGCCACUCAGGGCCACCAGGCUACUGGCUACGGCAGCUACGGUGCCGGCUUUGCUAACUACUAUGGCAACUCCAACAACCGUGGCGGCUGGGGUGGCAACUACGGCCACUAA